CAAGUUUACAUGGUAUCAGACACCCGGUUCUAUCCUCUUCCUCCACGAUCACCAUGACCAAUACGGGAGGGCAACCCACCCUUCCCACUACCGUCGGCCUGCCAACUGCUCCCCUCCCCGGCGGCCAGAUGACUGCUCCCCUCCAAUACGGGAGGGCAACCCACCCUUCCCUCUCCCCGGCAGCCAGAUGACUGCUCCCCUCCCCGGCGGCCCGCCAACUGCUCCUCCUCUUCCCGGCGGCCACCCACCUCUUCCCGCACCUCCCCCGCCCCCACCCCUCACUGCUGCCAUGACCACCGUCGUCCCUUCUCUGUCGUUCAGCGACACCAUCACGGACAUCACUCCAUUCAUCCCUAUCGUCCUCGACCUCCACAGCCACAAUUACUACCAUUGGCGCCACUUGUUUGAGAUCCAUCUUGGUCGUUGCUCUCUCCUGCACCACAUCUCCGGCGACUCGCCCCCGGCUUCUCAUGAUCCCCGGUGGCUCAAGCAGGACGACCUCGCCAUCAUUCAGUGGUUGUACACGCGCAUCUCCACCGAGCUCUUCAACCUCGUCGUCACCGACGGCGCGUCUGCUCGCGAUAUUUGGCUCGAGCUCCGUCGCCUUUUCCAGGACAACCGCGACGCUCGCGUCUCCGCCCUCAACACCGAGCUUCGCACCAUCACGUAGGGCGAUCGUCCGUUUGGCGUCUUCUGUCAACGCAUCAAGGCCAUCGGUGAUGAGCUGCGUGAACUUGGCGAGGUGGUUGCCGACCGAUCCCUUCUUCAUGCUCUAAUGGGCGGUCUUGAUGACCGCUUCGCACAGCAGGCCACCCUCAUCCCGCUGCUCUGCCCACUUCCCACCCUUGCUGAGGCCUGCUCCGUGCUCCAAAUGGAGGAGCAGAACCAGCAGCGCAAGGCCAACGCACCUCGGCUCUUCCACACCGCGGCUCGUCCGUCUGCUCCGGCGCCUCCGGCACCUCCGCCAGCGGCGCCCACGCAUCAACCUCCACCUGGCUGGCGUCCAAGUCCGAACUACAAGGGCAAAAACCCCGUUUACCGCCCGCCCAAGCAAGCAUCCGCGACUUCCUCGUCCGCGUCUGCACCGGCCUCUGCGUCCCCGGCUCCACCGCCACCCCAGCUGCCCUCCGGCUCCGAUCCUUCGACCUGGCGUCCCUCGCAUGAUCCGUGGACCGGGCUUGUUCAGGCCUGGCCCAUGCCCUGGUCCGCGCCGUCGCCCUACGGCGCCCCACCGGCGUACAGCGGCAGUUGGGCGCCCGGUCUGCGCCCGCCCGUCGGUGCUCCUGGCCUGCUCGGUGCGCGCCCUCCUCCACAUGCGUAUGCCGCGUACGCGCCACUGUACCAGGCGGCCGCCGCGCCUACGGCGUACUCUCUGUACCCCUACGGCGCGCCUCCGACGGCUAGCUGGGAUGCUGCUGCUUCUUCGUCGACUGCUCCUCCAUCGAGCCAGUCCACUUCCUCUACUUCGACUAUAGCUGCACCUGCUUGGGACCAGGCUGCCUUCAUCGCCGCCAUGAACUCCCUGACCACUCAGGACACAGGAUCUUCGCACCAAGGUGGAGAUAGCUCAGUUCAAUAGCUCCGGCGAUAUGUACAUGGUUCGCGAUGCUCCUUCAUCCUCGCCUCAUGCCAUGCUCGCCUCCAUCACUCUCUGGCACCGCCGACUCGGUCACCCCCAACCUGCUACAACGACCACCCUUCUUCAGGAAUUUCGGCUCCCUCAUGAUCGGGGCGUCCAUGAUUCGUCUUUGUGUCAUGUAUGCCAAAUGGGCAAGCAUGUUAGGCUACCCUUUGGUGCAUCUACUACGCGUAGUUCUUUUCCUUUCGAAAUGUUGCAUUGUGAUCUCUGGACAUCACCUACUCCUAGCGUUUCUGGUUUUAAGUAUUACCUUGUACUUUUAGAUGACUACUCUCAUUAUGUAUGGACCUUUCCCAUUCGCUCAAAGUCAGAUGUUCAUAGUUUGUUUGUCAAAUUCCACCGAUAUGUCUCUGCUCACUUCUCUCUCCCUAUUCGGUUUCUUCAAUGCGAUAAUGGUCGUGAGUUUGAUAACACUCGCAAUCGUGAUUUCUUUCUACACCACAGCAUUCUUCUUCGUUUCUCCUGCCCAUAUACAUCACCGUAGAACGGCAAAGCUGAGCGCUCCCUCCGCACUAUCAACGACAUUCUUCGCACCCUCCUCCAAGCAUCCAUGCCCUCCACAUAUUGGGCUGAAGCCCUUCGCCAUGCCACUUUUCUUCUUAAUAUUCGUCCCACCAAAACAUGCCCACGUUUUCCCCCCUACGAGUCCCUCUUCCUCACCGCCCCAGCCUACUCUGAUCUUCGUGUAUUUGGCUGUCUCUGCUUUCCUAAUUUGACAGCGACCACGCCUCAUAAACUUGCUCCACGAUCGUUGCCUUGUCUUUUUCUUGGCUACUCCGAUUCACACAAGGGCUAUCGCUGCCUGCACCUCCUCACCGGUCGCGUUUUUAUCUCUCGCCACGUCACGUUUGAUGAAACAAACUUUCCGUACGCCUCUCACCAAACUCCAGAUUUUUCUGCCCCAAUUUCUGGCGCUUCUCCUGCCCCUACGCGCCCACGAACGAUCGACGUGCAUGCGCUGCAUGGCCCUGUUCACCCGGGCCCCGCUGCUGAAUCUGCUCCCACCAAUCACACCGUCCCACCCGCCCGCUCCCAUGCACCUUCCUCGGAUCUGCCGCCUCCCCUCGACGCCCCCAGUGCUGCCUCGCUUUCCCCACCACCGCACUCCCCCACCAUCGUUUUUUGUCCCCAUUCCCCCGGGCCCAUUGCCUCACCAAUCCCAACUCCUUCUCCCGAUCUGCAUGCCUCUCCUUCCGUGCCCGAUUCUUCUCUCUCCCCCUCUUCGCUUUCCUUCCCGUCGCCGCCUCCUUCUUCUAAACUGCCUCGUACUGCUGUACCUGCACCUAUCCCAGCCAAUGACCAUCAGAUGCGUACUCGUGCUAAGGCGGGCUUUCGUCUUCCUGUGGAUCGUCUCAACCUCUCCACCACCACCACACCCAUCUCUCCCAUCCCCAAGUCCUACAAAGCCGCUCUCCUGGACCCAAACUAGUACGCAGCCAUGAAAGAAGAACAUGGCGCUCUCCUUCUCAACAACACGUGGUCUCUCGUCCCUCGCCCCUCUGGUGUCAAUAUCGUCUCCGGCAAAUGGGUGUUUCGUCAUAAGUUCCAUUCUGACGGCUCUCUUUCUCGCUACAAAGCUCGUUGGGUCUGUCGUGGUGACUCUCAGCAACCUGGCAUCGACUUUGACGAAAUGUUUUCUCCGGUCGUUAAACCGAGCACCAUCCGCGUUGUUCUUAGCUUAGCCGUCUCCUCUUCGUGGCCCAUUCAUCAGCUUGAUGUUAAAAAUGCCUUUCUCAAUGGCUCUCUGACCGAAACUGUAUAUUGUAGACAGCCUCUCGGUUUCUCUCACCCCACACUCCCCGACCACGUUUGUCACCUCCAGAAGUCUCUGUACGGGCUCAAACAGGCCCCGCGUGCGUGGUUUCAAUGAUUUGCCUCUUUCAUUCAGCGUGUUGGUUUCUCUCCUUCUUGCUCUGAUUCUUCUCUCUUUAUUUUUCACUCCAACGAUCACAUUUCCUAUCUACUUCUUUAUGUUGACGAUAUAGUGCUUACCGCUUCUUCCGACGCAUUCCUCUCACACAUUAUCUCUUCUCUUCGCUCGGAGUUUUCCAUGACGGAUCUUGGACCUCUUCAUCAUUUUCUUGGUAUCGCCGUCUCUCGCUCUUCCAUCGGUCUUUUUCUCUCGCAACGUCAAUAUGCUCUUGAUAUCCUCUCCAAAGCCGGCAUGAUCGACUGUCAUCCUGCUCGCACACCUGCUAAAAUCGGUUCUAAGCUCUCCACUGACGGCGGCCCCGCUGACGAUCCCACUCUUUACCGCAGCAUCACUGGCGCUUUGUAAUACAUCACCCUCACACGUCCUGAUAUAACCUAUGCUGUCCAGCAAGCCUGUCUAUACAUGCACGACCCACGUCUUCCGCAUAUGAAUCAUGUCAAACGUAUUAUGCGUUACCUCAAAGGCACUCUUGAUCAUGGCCUCUCCUUCACCCCUUCCUCUCCAACUACUCUCACAGCGUACUCAGAUGCAGAUUGGGCAGGAUGCCCGGACACUUGUCGGUCCACUUCGGGUUACUGUGUGUACCUGGGUGAUAAUAUGAUUUCAUGGUCUUCGAAGCGGCAGGCUGCCGUUUCCAGGUCGUCCGUGGAGGCCGAAUAUCGCUCAGUUGCUCAUGCUGUCGCAGAGAUGGUGUGGUUGCGCCAACUCCUAAGUGAGCUUCAUCGUCCUCUUCAUCAGGCCACUAUUGUGUAUUGUGACAACAUCUCUGCCGUCUACAUGUCCUGCAACCCCGUUCAGCAUCGACGAACCAAGCACAUCGAGAUCGACAUAAACUUCGUUCGCGAGAAGCUGGCUUUGGGCGACGUUCGAGUUCUUCACGUCCCUACAAGUGCCCAGUUUGCUGACAUCUUCACCAAAGGCCUGCCGGCGACGCCAUUCUUCGA